AUUCGGUUCAGAAAGACCCAGGGAAACAGUUGAAGAAGUUUUGCAGUUCAAAGACACUUUCUUCUCUGUCCACUUGGUGCGUCAGCCUGAAAAAGAAAAGCUCCCGCGUGUGAGGCUGGAUUCUUCAACGGCACCCGUGGUUUUUGGGUCGCCGUUGUUCAUCGAAAUGCGUUUUCUCGCCACUGAGGAGGCAACCCGAGUCGUUCAAUUUUUUCGGGUGCUGGCUCCGUACGAGACUCGUGGCGGAUCUUCACCGCUUCGGCGAGAAAAUCGGGCAAAACCGCCUCUCUUUUCGUGGUUUUGCGGCGCGUGUAGCGCCCAAGCAGACUUCGCCAGUUGUACCUCGUGACGGGAGUCGCAGUCAGUCUCUCUGUAGAGAUUGUAGUGUGUCUGUUUAUUGUGUGAGAGUACUUUCGGUGUGCAGACACGAAUUCGAAUAGAGCGGUGCGUUCGUAGAUCCUCUUCGCUGCUGUAGGGCGACGCCUUCGUACCCCGCUCUUUUCUGCGCUACAAGGGUGCUGUUUUGGGGGGGUCCCUGGACCAAAGCAAGAGGCUCUCCUUCAUUUUUUCAAGUCCGUCCACGUUUGGACUCAUACGCGUAUAGUUGCUGGAACAGACUUCUUGGGAGUGCUAUGCCGCUCUCUGUUUGUCUUACAAGCAGCCGCGCUUCCGGGUCGAUUCCUGCCGUGGAACUCUCUCGCCCGCUCCGGGGUGUCAUCGCCUCCGAGACAAGAUCGCCUGCAAGCGUCUUCUGGGUCCUGCGUAGCUGUGCAUUGAACUCCUCGUUCAUGUCGUUUAGGUUUCGUCGGCCUGUCUCGGCCACUGGAAUGUGUCGAUGAAGAGGAUCAGAUGUAAAAGGCCGCGGCUUUCAGGUUGCGAGUGGUUGACCGAUCGCGGCUUCUGCAAAAUCUCGGCCUCCUUCUGGAACCUCGACUCUGUCUCCACGAGCUUCCUUGACCUUCUCGACGCACCUCGCUGCGUGUCUCUGGCGUUCCCGAGGGUAUGUCCUGCCUUCUGCUCUUUCGGUUUCGUUUCUUUUGUUUCGGCCAAGCUCUUCGCCACUCUCCCUGUUUGAGAGUUCCGCCGGCCCUCGGCUCCUCCUUCUUUUCUCCUUUUCCCGCAGCCAGCUGAGUGACUGACUUUGUCUGCCGCCUCCGCCUUCUCCCGCGCUCCUCCGCGUCGCCUCCGCGUCAAAAGCGCAUUCCGCUUGUGGCCGCCAUGAGGCCGUGGAGUCUACAGACGUUCGUGGGGAAGCGCAGAAGCCGCAAAGGGCGCGAGCCGAGUGAGGCGGAGAAAAGUGGUCGGCCUGGAGCGGAAAAGAGAGAACUGCCCGAGCCGACGGCCUUUCCUCAGGGCGAGGAAGACGCGGACGCACCGGCGCUCGCGAAGCCCCGAAGCUCCGCUUCCGGUCUCUCCUCAAACAUGGGGGGACAAGGACAAAGUGUGCUGGGCGAAGAGCCGGGCGCCCUCGGUGGCCCUGAAAGUCUGCGGGAAAAGGCUGAAGCUGAACCUCGCGACCGCACCUCGCAUCCCAGGAGUCUCCAGUCGUCUGCGUCCAGCAAAGACCCGCCAAGAGUCCGCAACGACUUCUCUGACAGCUCUCGAUCUCGAGCUGAAGAGUCACAGCAAAGUACUCGGGAGACAGUGGAACUAAGCAGAAAGACAACGGGCCGCGUCAAGGACAAAAGCCAAGACGGUCUGCCUGUAUCUUCAUCGGCGGCGAGUCUCAAACCUGGAUCUGAAAGUGCGCGCGGAAGCGCCGCCAGGCGCAAACCGAGCCUUCAUGGCGACCUCCAGUCGGAAGCGAGCCGCGUGCGCCGGAGCAAGAGGUCCUCUGAGUCAGAGAGUGGGUCGGACGCGCCGGCGUCCAGACAGUCUGGAGAGCUCGCUUCUGCGGAUUCGCGAGUGGGGAAGCCGCAGUCAGGAAGACGCAACGAAGAGCGAAGGCGGGUGCUCAGCGGACCAGACACGGAGGAGCGACAAGACGCAGGCGAAGCCGGAGAGUCCGCUGAGGGGCGCCCGGGAGUUCGCCAAGGAAAAGACGGAACCUUGAGAGUGGACAGAAGCGCUUCCAGGGACGAAGGCUCGGGGGGCCGCAGGCGCCUCAGCGGCUCUACACGGCGAAGCGACGACGGAGGCGGCGCGCGUUCAACUCUCAGUCGAGACCCGAUCGAUGACAGAAGUGACGCUGGGUCGCGGGCGGAGGGCGGGAGACAACGGACGCGGACUUCGUCGAGUGUGUUGCAGGAGGAGGGCGAGGGCAAACGGACAGAGACACCCGAAGGUCGAGAGAACGCGUCUCGCGAUUCUGACGAUAAAGCGUUCAACGCGGCGAUGCAGCCCGGCACCGAGCUGAAGCAGCUGAUCGAAACGGCACUCCGCGAGUUAGACGGUUUGGAUAAAUUUCUUCAACGCCCGGACGGAGUGGCCACAACCGCACUGGAAAAGACCCGGGCGGUGCACGCUCGAGUUGGCCGCGACACGCAGCGGUUAAUGGACGUCCUGGAAGAAUCGAAGCGAGCAAUUCUGGAGAAAGCUGAGAAAAAGCGACAAGCCAACGUCUCUGUAAAGCCCGAUCAGGCGGAACAGGUUCAGCAGGCUCUCCUCGACACGGAAGCUCGCGAGAGAGAGAAAGAGAAGACGGGAAACCUGACGACGAAGCUCAGCAAAGCUCUGGGAAUGAAACCUACUGCUGCAAAGCGGCAAUUGCAGCGGCUUGCUGAACUUCGGCGAAUGACAGCCGAUCCUUCGGUCGCCCCUGCUGCACCCGCCAAGAUGGCCAAGGCAACCAGGCGUGCUUCAUCUAACGUCCCCAAAAUCACUGCGAAAAAUUCGGGAUCCGUCGUAGUGUAGGAACUUCCGUCUUCGAAGUCGAACCUGUGUACGGGGAGUCCACGGCUGCCGAGUAAAGAGAGUCUCAAGAUUAUUUAGACACAACGCGCAGGAUGGAUUCCAUUUCGGUGGAAGUCGUUCCUAAAACACCUGUUUUCCCGACAAAUGUCGAUAAACAAUUUUUUUCCUCACUAGUUUGGUGUUGUCUGGUGGAGCAGAUCUUCUAAGGGGGGCGCCGAGACGCCGGACGGUUUUAAACAGACGACCGGAAGAAGAAAAAUUUGAAAUGCACACCGAGCAACCGCUUUACUGUGACAGAGACAACCACACUGCUGAAAAUACAAUUUUCGAAAGCGAUCUGGGCAGCAAAUUGUGAUAUCGAAGCCCAUUUCCUGACCUGCAGUUCUCUCUAGACUCCCGUCCCGCGUAACGGAAUGCUUUGAAGAAGAUUCUUCUUUUCGACAGAACCCACUCUAUAGCUCCCGGC